AUGAGUGAAGGAUUUUUUGCGAAGCGGCAGAAAACCGCGCCAAAACAGGCAUCAAACAUCGACGAUUCCAAACCUUGGGUUGAGAAGUACAGACCAAAAAAACUUGAAGACGUCGCAGCACAGGACCACACUGUUACAGUUUUGCAGAAAACGCUGAAAUCUGCAAACUUGCCCCACAUGCUAUUCUAUGGGCCACCAGGAACGGGUAAAACGUCUACAAUCUUGGCGUUGACAAAGGAACUGUACGGGCCCACGUUGGUGAAAAGUCGGGUGCUAGAACUGAAUGCAUCAGAUGAACGUGGUAUUGCGAUUGUGCGUGAUAAAAUAAAGAGUUUUGCCAGGUUGACCGUUUCUAAGCCAUCGACCUCUGACUUGGAAAAAUAUCCCUGCCCACCUUACAAAAUCAUUAUUUUGGAUGAGGCCGAUUCGAUGACCUCCGAUGCGCAAAGUGCUCUUAGAAGAACCAUGGAGAACUACUCCAACGUCACACGGUUUUGUCUGAUUUGCAAUUAUGUAACCAGAAUCAUUGACCCUUUGGCGUCUCGUUGUUCCAAGUUUCGUUUCAAGCGCCUGGACUCCACAAAUGCUUUAUCUAGAUUACAAUACGUCUCUUCACAGGAAAGUUUGCAAUACGAGGACAAUGUCCUUGAAAAGAUUUUGGAUAUCUCGGAAGGUGAUCUCAGGAGAGCUAUAAUGCUAUUACAGUCGUCCUCCAAAAUUGUAAAGCAUCUCGAACCGCCAGUAAUAUCGAACUUGACGGUUGACGAGCUCGCUGGCACUGUUCCAUCUGAUCUCAUUUCCACCCUCACCUCUAAAAUCGCAGGUAUGGACUUUAGCGACAUUAUGAAGUUUGUUGCAGAUUUAGAGAGAAGUGGUUGGAGUGGUUCCGCUGUGGUUAACCAGCUACAUGAGUAUUACAUCAAUAAUGAACAACUCACCUCGAAGUUUAAAAACAAGCUCUCUUGGCUGAUAUUCGAUACAGAUUCAAAGCUCACUAAUGGAGGCAAUGAACAUAUUCAAUUAGCUAACUUAGCCAUCAGUGUAGCAGACCUUUAUAGGAAAGGUAUGUGA